AUGGAGAUUCAAGCCAGGAGUAUUGCUCGAAACUUACCUGACAUUGUUAAGAAGAUCAAUUAUAAGUUGAGCCAUAAUAUUUCCGAGUUCAAAACACUCUCCAAGGCCAUGUCUUCCAUGGCUGAAGCCAUGAGUGCUUUCAUGAGGGUCAUUGGGCAAGUCAAGGAGUCACUAAGGAAAAUUCUGUUGAGAGGAGAGUUUGACGAGUACCCAAAUGAUAAGAAGAUGCAUUGUAAAGCUCGGUUGGUUGAGAUUCUUAAUGACUUUUUGUGUGAUCUUAAAGAAUGUCCUCAAAGCAAUCCAACUCGUGAUUUUUUGAUGGAUGAGAUCAAGUACUUGGAAGAAGCCAAAGAGAUUUCUCUUCCCAACUUCUUUUCCCGGACUAUAUUUCUCUCUAUAUUACAAGAAAAGGUAAAUGGGAUUUCGAGUAUUCCUACAGAUUUUGUGGAAACGCUAUGGAGUUACAUAGAGGAGGUGAUGAUGACUGUUCUGAUGAGCCAUGUCCAAAACUAUUACCAGCUUCAACUCUCAGCCAAAAGAGCAGGGCUUAAUCUGAUAGAGAAGAUGAAAGAGAACUCUAUGAAGUGGGUUUCGGAGGUUGUGGAGAUGGAGAAAUUGACUGAUUAUACUUGUAACCCGGAGUUCGAAAUUGAAUAUAAGAAGCUCAUGGCUCAAAAAGAUGCAUUCAUGAGAAAUGUCUAUUCCUGCAAUUCUAUGAACAUUGAAGGUCUUGGCUUGGUUGACUUGGUGAAUCCAAGCAAAUCUCCACAUCUAUUACCUCAAGCUUUUGACUUGAGGAUGAAAAUGGUGGCUUACUGGAAUAUUGUGCUGACAAGGUUUGUUGACUCCAUGGCUCUGCAUUUGCAGCUGAGUGUUCACAAGCUGGUGAAUGACCAUUUGGAAAGAGAGCUUGUAGCCCAAAUGAUGGCUCCUGAUGGAAAUGGGCUGGAGAAAAUGAUGGAUGAGUCGCCAUUGGUUGCCACUAAGCGCGCCAAGCUGGAUGGCAGUAUUAACAAACUCAAGGAAUGCAAGGAGAUUUUAGCCAAAAUCAUGGACAGAACUGCUACCACUAGUUGUGUAAGAUCAGAAGUAGGGGAGAGGAGGGCAGUGGUCAUAGACAGUGUUGCUUAUGGAGAUUAG